GAAUGUGAUGUAUCAAAAUUAAUGAUCCUUCUUUCAAGCUAACAGAACGACAUCACAGUUAUAUCCAGAAGAUGCUGCAUCCGGCCUGUGAGAUGCGUCUCUGGCGCCGCCAUCUUGCGGCGGGGUUCUGGCCCAUUCAAACAGUAACCUUACAUAACGUUAUGCUAGUUAGAAAAUGCUACACUUUUGUGCUGCAGUUGGAUGUUGCGGUGAAAUAAGUGCCAAAACCAAGGAACAGUUCCCAAAAGAUAAAGUAAAAAGACAGGCGUGGAAAGCAGCACUGAGGAGAAAGGAGUUCGAGCCAAAUGACCGCUCGGUCAUCUGUAGCUGUCACUUCAAGCCAGAAGACUUUGACAUGACUGGACAGACAACUCGCAUAAAGGAAGGAGUGAUCCCGUCUGUUUUUAUAUUUUCUGACCAUCUGAGCAAAGUGCCCAACACAUCCGGGUCAACUAAGACGUCCCAAAAAGCUGCAGCACAAGGUCCGGAUGUUCGCGUUCAGCUGCCAGAGGACCAUGAAGUGUCAGCUUCAGACCAUCAGUAUGCCCUUGACCCAGUUAAAGUAAAAAAGAAGUUAACUGAGGCUCAGGAGAGGGUGGAGGAAUUGCAGCGGAUCUUAAGAAAUGCUAAGGACCGGGAAAGAAGGCGUAAGAAGGUCGUGAAAUCCCUGCUAAAGGAUUUAAAACACAAAAAUAUGCUGACAAAGGAGCUGCAGCAGGAGCUUGACCUCUACUCUGAUCUUCCAGAUUAACAGUAGCACAGUGCCUUCACUCCUCGGAAGGAAUUUGCUUUAACACUAAUUUACAUGGACCUAAAGCCUCUUGAGAGAAACAAACAUGAUAUCACUCCCACAUCCUCACACUCUUCAAAAUGUAAGUAUGUGUUGUGCUGCUUGAAUACAAUCUGUUGCUUUACCUGCAACAGGAAGCUGCAGACAGCGGAUGGCAAACCUGGAUUAAACACUUCACUUGCUAGAAGAGCAAGAACAUUAAAAUGUGGCAAGAUUUUGGUCACUGGUGUUUUAUGGUAGAUGCCAUGGCCAUCAGGAGGCAGGUUCAGGAUGACCCUCGUACACAACCAGUGACAGGCUUCAUAGAUGCUUGAGAUGGCAUUGAUGAGACAGUGUGGCAAAUGAAGCCCAUGUGUUUAUUGCUGUUGGACUGCAACACUCACUGAAGGAGUAUUCAGAUCCUUUUCUGAAGUAAAGCACUAAUACCACAAUGUGAAAAUACUCCACUACAAGUAAAAAUUUGCAUUCAAAACUUUAAGUGAAAGUUUGUGAGUUUUAGCAGCAAAAUGCACUUUUAAGUAUGAAAAGUCAAAGUACUCACUGUGCAGUAAAAUGGCCCAUGCCAGUGUUUUACUAUAUAUGUUUUGAAAUUAAUAUCACUGCUGCAUCAAUGUGGAUGUUGCAUUUUAUGUUGUAGAUGUUUAUGGUUAAGCUAAUUUUAACUAUUUGAUAUACUGUUGGGUAGUUUAAUCUUUGCUCCACCAUGGCAGAGGCACUGACGUAUUGAAGGACUGUGUGGAUGUUAUUUAGUCAACAUCAGCAGGCUCCGAGGGGCAUGUGUCUGUAUGUCAGGAGCCAAUCAGUGCACAAGCACCUGCCUGCUGUUCCUCCAACGAACAUCCACACACUGUGUAUACUGUGUAUAAUUUUUAAAUGUAAAUAAGCCUGCCAGAAAUGUCAUUGAUCUUUUCAGUAGUGUUUGUUGUAAUUAUGUCUAUUUAAUCAAGUCUUAUUUGCAAAAUUCUAAACAAUAUUUGUAUAUAUUACAUCAGCUGUUUUACAGUGCAGUGAAAAACAGGAAUGCUAUUAUUAAUAAUAUAGGGUAUGUUUUUCUUAAAUAUUAUACAAAUAGUAGUGUUAUUAUCUACAUGAUUAAGUAUAUCAGUAUGAAACUGUGUUUUUAAUGUAACUACGUGACCUGUAUCGUAAAUACAUGUCUGGCUUUUGUAACAAACCAAACUGUCUUGGAAAUUAGUGAAAAAUUAAUUGAGUUAUGAUUUUAAUUUGGGACAUACAUGCAAUAGGAGGCACUUCUUCCUAUUCCAAUAUGGAAAAAUACCUCUGCUGCGACCAGCAUGGUAUGUGUGAAUAUGUGUGAUUAACGGCUAGGCGACAUCACUUGAGGCAGUUUAUCAGAUUUGGUGCUGCUCUGACUGGAGCCAUAAAAGGCUUUAUCAAAUAUUGUCACAUGUUCUCCAAGACUGACAAAAAAUACUUUGAUGUUUUAGGUCGGUGGAGUUCCCCUUUUACUCAGCAAACUCUAAAGAUCAUGAAACAGUACUGUGAAAACCCUUUGCAGGUUCACCUGGGGACUGGCCGUCUGAAAUGGUCAUAGGAACUUGAGUCCAUAUCUUGUUCAGAACAGUUAUGUUCUGAUAUCUUGCAGUUAAUUGAUUCAGUAUUUUAUUUAAUCAAGCUGAGUUGAAUAGUUCCCCAUCAUAAAUAAAACCCUUCACUUUCCUAAUCGUAAUUAACAGGUUGUUCAGUCAUUUAUGCGACA